AUGUAUACAUUAUUGCAUGGAUUUUAUAAAUAUAUGGUACAAAAGGAUGAAUUCUGCGUGCUUAUUCUUGGAUUGGAUAAUGCUGGAAAGACUACGUAUUUAGAAGCGGCGAAGACAAAGCUGACGAAAAACUACAACGGUAUACAUCCCACAAAGAUAACAACUACAGUAGGGUUGAACAUUGGUAAAAUAGACCUAGCCGGUAUACGCCUCAAUUUUUGGGACUUGGGAGGGCAAAACGAACUACAAUCUUUAUGGGAUAAAUAUUAUGAGGAAUCUCACGCCAUUAUUUACAUAGUAGACUCUUCAGACAGAGACAGGAUAGACGAAUCUAAAGAAAUAUUUGAUAAGAUGAUAGCGAGUGAAGCUUUACAAGGCAUUCCGUUGUUAGUAUUAGCGAAUAAACAAGAUAUUCCCGAGUGUAUGGGUGUGAGAGAGGUCAAGCCGAUAUUUAAUAAAAACGCGCAUCUUAUAGGGAAACGGGACUGCAUGGUUAUGCCAGUUUCUGCAUUAACAGGGGAAGGAGUAGACGAAGGAAUACGGUGGCUGGUAGAUUGCAUCAAAAGAAAUGCAUACCUGAGGCCACCCAGGAACGACCAGGAAAGUUAGCACCGGUGGAAACUAGACUGAUAAUUUUUUAAAUGUUUAUGUACAUGGUAUAUAUUAAUAUUUAUAAGUGUAAAUAAACCCAUUUCUGUACAAGCA